AUGGAGCCCUCGAGUGCUAGCAGAGGCUUCUCCCAGCGCCCACCGGUGCUGAAGAACCAGUUCCAUCACGAUCCAAGUAUCCAACGGAUGCUCAAACUCUUCGUACCAAGAGACAUAGCCCAAACCGCAACGCCAGAAAUGGCCCGUCUAGGCGCCGAAGUCCUAGAACCGCAAAUCUUCGCCUGGAUCACCGACGCCGAGCGAAACCCACCCCACGUCAGCGGCAGCGGCAAGAACGCCUUCGGCUCGCCCAACAGCAGUCCCAACCAGCUCGUGCUCUCCGAGGGCUGGCGCAAGCUGCAAGACUUCGGACUGGAGAAGGGGUUCGCGGCCCAGGGCUACGAGUUUGGUAGGGAUGGUUGGGACCAGUACACGCGCGUGGUACAGUACCUGCGCGUGCUGCUGUGGGAGGGCUCGUGCGCGAACACGACGUGUCCGUCCGCGAUGGCCGACGGUGCCGCGCGCCUGCUGCUGCGCCAUCUUCAUCUUGAAAACCAGGAGGAUCUCGGCAGCGAACAGCGGAAGGUGUUCCAGAACGCCUAUGCCCACCUCACGUCGCGCGACCCGCGCACGGCCUGGACGAGCGCGCAAUGGAUGACCGAGCGCGGCGGCGGCAGCGACGUGUCGCAGACCGAGACCCUCGCGACCUAUUACCCGGCCCCGGCCGAGUCCGACGCACCGCUCUACUGCGAUCCCGCUGAGGACGUCCCGCUCGGACCCUGGCGCAUAGACGGGUCCAAGUGGUUCUCCAGCGCGACGGACGCGGCCAUGACGAUCCUGCUCGCACGCACACCCACAUCCCCUUCAAAAGGACUCUCGGCGUUCUACGCGCCCACGCGGCGGUACAACCCCUCCCUAACCGUCUCCGCCACGGGGCGGACGGGCGGAAUGGAACUCAACGGCGUGAGUAUCUCGCGCCUAAAAAACAAGAUGGGGACCAAGUCCCUGCCAACGGCGGAGCUAGAACUGCGCGGCAUGCGCGCCUGGCUCGUCGGCGAGGAGGGCCAGGGUGUAAAGGAGAUCGCCACAAUACUAACCAUCACGCGGGUCCGAAGUGCCAUCUCCGGACUGGGCUACCUGAGCCGCGGGCUCGCCAUCGCGCGUGCCUUCGCCGAAGUGCGCGAGGUUGGUGCUGGAAGGGGGAAGCGGGUGAAGCUCACGGAAAGCGCGCUGCACAUGCGCACCCUCGCGGACAUGACGGUCGAGUACCACGCCAUGAUGCUGAUUGCGUUCUACACGUGCUACGUGAUGGGGCUGGAGGAGCAUCCCUCGUCGUCGGUUCGGGGGCCGCCGUCGUCGCCUGCGCUGGCGGCCGUGACACCGCCGGCUGAGCUUGUCACGCCGCUGUUGCGGGUGCUGACGCCGGUGCUGAAGGCGUAUUGUACGAAGCGGGUCGUGCCGCUGUUGCAUGCGUGUAUGGAGUCUCUCGGUGGCGUGGGCGUCCUUGAGAAUAGCGGGACGGAGUACGUGAACGUCGCGCGCCUGUUUAGAGAUGCGUGCGUGCUGAGUAUAUGGGAGGGCACGACGGAUGUUCUGAGUACGGAUUUGGUACGCGCGCUGAAGCAUCCGAAAGGGGGUCGCGACAGCAUCCGGGCUUUGGAUCUCAUCAUACGGAACGGGACGGGGGCGGCUGGGUCAAAGGGUGAGAAUAUCGUACACGAGUGGGAGAGAUUGCGAAAGCAUGUAGAAGGGGAUACGCAGGAUGAUCUGUUAGGUGGGGCUCGGGGUGUACUCUGGAAGCUUGCCCAGAUCUUGAUGGCUGUCAUGGCCAUCGUGCAGAUCAAGAGCGAAGACGACGCGGUGGCAAAAGCGAUGUGUGAGCGGUACUUGGUGAGCAACGGAUUCAUGAGAAGUCACGAGGAUGUUGUUGAGCCUCGGUCGGCUCGAAAAGGGUUGGAAUUGGAUCAAGCCAUCGUAUUUGGGCACAGCCUAGCAGACGAUCGAGCAGCCAAGCUGUGA